UUAUGAUAAAGAGAUUGAUAUUGUAGAUGUAAAAAGAAAAAGAGAAGAGCAGACAAAAAAAGAAUUAGAAGAAGUUUUAACAAGAACUCAACAUCUAAUUACUCAGAUAAUAGACCUAAAACAAUAUCUAAAGAAGACUAUGAAAA